UUUGUGUUUAUGUAAAUAAAAAAAAGUCGGAGGGCACUCGAUUGCAACGAAAUUGCAUUUAGAAUAUAUUUUCAAAUUAAACGUAAUUAAUGACUGACAACGUUACAACAUUUGAAAUGAUUACUUCUUCCGCAUUCCCUUCAGUUACGAAGGAAAAUUUUGCAAAUUUUGCGAAUACAACGUUAAUGCAAACUGCAAAUGCAUCUAGAACAACAACAACAGAAACCAUAACCACAGAUGAUACUACGCCAACGGAUACGGAUAUUGAGCGGGAUGAUAGCGGACUAUUUAUUUUAAUACCAUUCGCUGUAGUUUUAGUUAUUGUAGUUUUAUCAGCACUGGUAUUCUUAAUUGGGCGCAAUCGACGACGGCUUGCACGCACCUAUUGUCGUCGAAGGCACGAACAUAAACGCAGAUAUGGUGAUGAUUCUGAUACAGCUAUGGAUCAUGGCGAGGCAUAUGACUUCGAUGAUCCAAGCGAAUGUCUACUAAAAGGAAAACUUCAAAUCGAUAAUAGAUACGACAGCAAUAUGAGUAAAAGCCUUUACACUUAAAUGAUUUUUAUGGUGACAAAGCUGGAUACCUGAUUGUAUUAUCUCCUUUAAUGCAUAGUGUCUUUGGAAUCAAUGUUCAAAGAACAUAUAAAAAACUCUUCAACGACGAGAUCCAUUCGGAAUUAUUCUCUUCGUGUUAAAUGUAUGUGAAA